GCGAGGACGGGCGGGGACAAGACAACGCGCCUGGAGGAGGAGGAGGAGGAGAAGGAAAAAAAGAGACCAUAGACUUCUUCCUCGGCCUAGAGCGGCCCUUACAGUACAGGGGAGAAGAGGGCGGGCGGGGACCACCCUCGGAACCGGCCGCCGGCGGAAUAAUGGCAACCCGGAACCCCCCUUCCCAAGAAUAUGAAAGUGAUGAUGACUCUUACGAAGUGUUGGAUUUAACUGAGUAUGCAAGAAGACACCACUGGUGGAAUCGAGUGUUUGGCCACAGUUCUGGACCUAUGGUAGAAAAAUACUCAGUGGCCACUCAGAUUGUAAUGGGUGGAGUGACUGGCUGGUGUGCAGGAUUUUUGUUCCAGAAAGUUGGAAAACUUGCAGCAACUGCAGUAGGUGGUGGCUUUCUUCUCCUUCAGAUUGCCAGUCACAGUGGCUAUGUGCAGAUUGACUGGAAGAGAGUUGAAAAAGAUGUAAACAAAGCAAAAAGACAGAUUAAGAAACGAGCAAAUAAAGCAGCACCUGAAAUCAACAAUAUAAUUGAAGAAGCAACAGAAUUUGUCAAACAGAACAUUGUGAUAUCCAGUGGAUUUGUGGGAGGCUUUUUGUUGGGCCUUGCAUCUUAAGGACGAACCUUCUAUAUCAUGGUGGAUUCAACUGUGACGAGAACAAUGCUGGCAACAAGGUGGUCUCUCAACAGUACAUGCCACCAGAUUCUCCAGGGCAAGGAAAACAAUUAGCUGGACCAUACUGAACUCACAACUUAGCAUUUUGCCUUCUAAAGCUUGACAAACUAGUAUUUGCUGUAUAUUAACCUGUAUGGUAUGUGUAUAAUAGUAUUCCUGGGCAAAACAUGGCUUACUUUCAUCUCAUUUCUAGAAAAUAUGCAUUUGUUUAGAAAUUAGCUUAUAAAGAUGCCACUGAAUGUAGAUAUGGAGAAAUAAAAAAUCUGUUUGUUGGACUUAUUCCCCAAUAAAAUACAGCUUUUUUAUUUAAAUAAAGUGUUCUUCAUUGUGCUUUUGUAGUAUAGUGUUAGUAAUUAGUAAUUUGUAUUAUAGUUUCAACAAUAGGGUUGACUUUUAAUAAGAAAUGUUUGCAUUAAACUGAAAGACCUGUAAUGCUAAUGCCAUUUUGUGGAAGGAUUUAGAGAUAAUAGAAUUAUUAAAGUUGUUAAAGAGGC